ACGAUAACAGUUUGUAUUAUUUUGCUUGCGCGUUUUUGUCAGUUUUCUGCAAAUUAUUAAUCUAUAACCAAAAGUAAUAAGACAAAUACUAAAAACAUGUUUUAUCACAUUUCACUUGAACACGAAAUUCUGCUACAUCCGCGCUACUUUGGGCCACAAUUGUUGGAGACGGUGAAACAGAAGCUCUACUCGGAGGUGGAGGGCACAUGUACAGGCAAAUAUGGUUUCGUUAUAGCUGUCACAACUAUAGACCUGAUCGGCUCUGGUGUUAUACAGCCAGGUCAGGGCUUUGUUGUAUACCCAGUGAAAUAUAAGGCUAUUGUGUUCCGGCCAUUCAAGGGUGAAGUCCUCGACGCUGUCGUCAAACAGAUAAAUAAAGUGGGCAUGUUUGCCGAAAUCGGACCAUUAUCGUGUUUUAUAUCGCAUCAUUCUAUUCCCGCUGACAUGCAAUUCUGCCCAAAUGGCAAUCCGCCAUGCUACAAGUCCAAAGAUGAAGAUGUUGUCAUCUCAGGGGAGGAUAAAAUACGCCUGAAGAUUGUCGGCACUCGUGUUGAUGCCACCGGCAUUUUUGCUAUAGGAACUCUGAUGGAUGAUUACUUGGGACUGGUCUGCAAUUAAUAUAAACCAGCAAGAAUGCAACUCAACGUAAUAUACAAUUGCUAUAUAUAUGUAUAUAUAUAUAUAUAUAUAUUUUUUUUUAAACUUUAAUGAAAUGCGUUUUAGAUUGUUAAAUGUCUAGGUGUAUAUAUAUUAUAAAUACUUUAUAAGAUUUGAUUUAAAUUCAAAGGUACAUUAUGUUUGUAAUUUAGUACAAUUCUUUGUGUGCUGGGUUUUAGGUUAUGUGAGAGCUACAAAUAUGGAUGGAUAUAUUUUAAAGUAAUUAAAUAGCAAGUACUAAAUUUA